UGACCUUCAGUGGGAGGAGACACCGGGGGAAAUUUGUAAGCAUGGCUGCGGGGAUACUAACUAAAGUAGUCCAUGGUGUGAGGAGUGCUCGGCUGGUGGGAGCUGUCUUCUCCAACAACAGCCGUACAUUCACCACUGCUGCCAAACCCACAGCUGCUUUUCACAAAGAAGAUGCUGAUGUGAAUGAUAAGAUCAUGAACUUUCCUCUGACCCAGCCGGACUUCUUCAGCGUGUCUGAGCUCUUUACUCUAAAGGACCUGUUUGAGGCCCGAGUCCACCUUGGUCACAAGAAAGGCUGCCGGCACAGACUUAUGGAGCCCUAUCUGUUUGGUACACGCUUGGACAUGGACAUCAUUGACCUGGAGCAGACGACCUCCCACCUACAGCAGGCUCUGAACUUCACAGCACAUGUGGUUUACCGCGGUGGGAUCGUGCUCUUUGUAAGUCGCCGGCGCCAGUUCAUGCACCUGAUUGAAUCUACGGCGCAACAAUGUGGCGAAUACGCUCACGCCCGCUACUGGCAGGGAGGCGUGCUCACCAAUGCCAGUGCCACUGGGGUGCGCCUACCUGACCUCAUCGUCUUCCUCUGUACACAAAACAGUGUCUUCCAGACACACACCGGUGUACGUGAUGCUGCCAAGGUCAACAUUCCUACAGUGGGCAUCAUCGACUCAGACUGUGACCCAAGCCUCAUUACAUAUCCAGUGCCGGGCAACGAUGACACUCCGUCUGCGGUGGAGCUGUACUGCCGUCUGUUCAGGGUGGCUAUCAAUAGGGCAAAGGACAAGAGGAAGCAAAUGGAGCUACUCAAGGGGAUAUGAACAAACAAAAAAUAGGGGGAUAAUCCAGAAACAUGAGGAUAAGUUUAAUUCACUUCUGACUGAAUUUUAUUUGUCAGCUGGUCAUCACAAUUCAGAGCUUAUUGUUGAUCAUCUAGUUCUUGGUCAUUGUUGAUGUAUUUUUUUUCCUCCCCUCAAAUACAGCAUUGCUGAUUAGACUCAGCUAAUUAUCAAACUUAACACCACCUCUGAGUGUGUGCAAGCCAGUAGUCACUAAAUGUGGAGUGUAUGGUGUCCUCAGGGUUUGGGUUGGAAGACCACUGUAUCCCAACUCGCACAACACAGUGAUAGAGAAAAAUGUACACCAUCUUUAGGCACUGAGGAUUGGGUUGACAAUCCCUGUGUUAGAGGUUUCAGUAUACCUCAACAAGUACUUAAGGAGACUGAAAUCCUCCAGGAUUUUUUGUGUAUUAUGUGGAGUUUUAAUAAUGUACUAUUAAAAGUUUGGGUUCCAUCA